AUGAAUAAACUAAAGUCGACAUUCCUACGUACACACAGCACACGCCAUUCGGAUGACAGAAGGUCGCAACAGUUUGCAAAGAAACUCAAUGCUGCGCAGUUUCGGCCGUACGACACACCCACAGCAAGCGAUGGCCCACCUACUCUGCAUCUAGAUGAGCUGACCGAGCAGGAACAAAGUGCUUACCAGUCGUGGUGGAAAGACCUUGACCCCUUUUCCAUCGGACAUCUUGACAAUGAAGCUGUUUUGAAAUUCCUGAGAGGCUGCUGCCUUCCUGACCACAAGCUCGAGCAGAUUUUGAGGUUCUUUGAGGAUACUGUGGAUGGGUUGGACGAGCUCCAGUUUUACGCAAUGCUCAGAUUAAUUGCACAUGCCCAAAAUGGCAGGACAAUCAGUCGCGAUAUGGUCUUUUUGGGAGGUAGCGUAAAAUAG